AUGGAAAGUUUGGCGCCUGUAAUGGCGCCAGUACUUGUACUUGUGAGUAUGGACGAGGACACAAGAUGGUUGGUGUGGAUCGAAAAGCAAUUCACUGACAUCGCGGGAGAAGAUCGACAAAUAGACCUUCAAGAAUUCAAAAAAUCGUUGAAGGUUAAAAAGUCGUUUUUUGCUGAGAGAUUCUUUGCAUUAUUUGACGCUGAUGGCAGUGGCACUAUCACGUUAGAUGAAUUGAUGGGUGGGUUACAGUUACUGCUUAAAGGAAGCUCAGCAGAUAGACUCAAAUUUCUCUUUGAUGUAUACGAUGUUGAUGGUAAUGGGCAAAUAGACAAGGAGGAGCUUUACACGGUUCUGAAAUCGUGCAUGGAAGAGAGUGCUCUGCAGUUAAGUGAAGACAACCUGCAAAUGUUAACAACGGCAUUGUUUGAAUCAGCUGACACCGAUGGUAGCGGUACGAUAAGUUUUGAAGAGUUGAAAGUGGAAUUGGAAAAGAACCCCGAAGUCAUGGAAAAUUUGACAAUCAGUGCUGCUAGUUGGUUGAAACCACCGGAUAGGAAGAGAUCAGGUCGGAUCAUUCCACGUUAUCUCACAUGGAGGUAUAUUCACAACAAUCUAAAAAAAGUAGUUUUCCUUAUCGUAUAUUUUCUGCUCAAUAUUGGUUUAGCAUUUGAUGGUGGCUGGAGAUAUAGACAGGAAAGCUGGUACAUUAUUGUAGCAAGAGCAUGCGGUCAGUGUCUAAAUUUUAACUGUGCCUUCAUACUGAUUUUAAUGUUGCGGCAAUGUUUGACGUUUUUGAGAGCGACCAGGCUAGCGCAUUAUCUGCCCCUUGACCAAAGUAUCACUCUACACAAGAUGGUUGGAUUUGUGAUCGCAUUCUGUACUUUGGUCCACACAGUUGCACAUAUUGGCAAUAUAAUUGCCUAUCAUGAUUUGCUUGGCCUCAAAAUCUGGGAAUGUUUAUUCACUACUAAAGCAAUGGUAGGCAGUGUCGACUGGCAUUAUGGCACAGCGUAUAUCACUGGUUGGAUAUUAGACUUAAUACUUAUCAUUAUGGUGGUGUGUUCAAUGCCAUUUGUUAGACGAAGUGGAUAUUUUCAGGUGUUCUAUUGGACUCAUUUGUUAUACAUCUGGUUCUGGGCAUUUUUAUUGGUUCAUGGUCCAAGGUUCUGGAAAUGGUUCAUAGCACCAGGUGCAAUAUUCCUUAUUGAAAAAAUAGCACGGUCGAAACUUGUGAAGACAGCACGAUAUGGGAAGACGUACAUUGAUGAAGUGAACUUGUUACCUUCAGGCGUGACGCACCUGGUUAUUACCCGACCUACCAAUUUUCACUAUCGACCUGGUGACUACAUCUACAUACAGAUCCCGGCCAUUGCUAAAUACGAGUGGCAUCCAUUUACAAUCAGUAGUCCACCAGAACAAGAAGGAACGUUGUGGGUGCAUGUUAGAUCAGCAGGUCAGUGGACGAACAGACUCUAUAAAUAUUUCGAAGAACGGAAACGUGAGCAAAAAAGGUUACAUGCAGCGAAUAGGGAUGAGCCAGGUGAAGUGAAUAUUGCAAUGGACAUUGAGGAAGAGAUUCAAAAUGGUACGUUAACCAGUGAGAACGUAGCACUUCCAGUUGAUAACCCGGAUGAUAACCAAGUUACGACGGACAGUAAUAUUGCAAUGACGCCCUUAUCCAAUGGUGCAACAGUGUGCGCUGAACCAACAAAUAUAACAGAGUCUAUUGAUACACCAGAAAAUAAGGAAACUGCUAUAAUGGCGGAAAUAUCACCAGCAUCAUCGCCAAAUCCAAAUGAAGACCAACCACAGUUAAUAGGAUUUCGACGAAUGCCAUCUUCACACGUUUAUGUUGAGAGAGGUACUUUGUACAACGCUGAAGAUACAACGGAUUGUGACUCAUCUACGAGGAAACGAAAAAAGUCACGUAAAGAAAGUAUUGCGUUAUCCAGCACAUUGGAUCGGCAUGUAAGAAUCUAUGUUGAUGGUCCCUACGGUACACCAACGAGGCAGAUAUUUCAAGCGGAACACGCAGUGCUGAUUGGUGCAGGCAUUGGAGUGACACCGUUUGCGUCAAUAUUACAGAGUGUUAUGUAUCAAUAUAAAAAGAACAAACAGACAUGCCCAAACUGUAGCCAUUCCUGGAUGACGGAUAUUCCAGCUGACACUAUGAGGCUUCAAAAGGUUGACUUUAUCUGGAUAAAUCGAGACCAGAAGUGUUUUGAGUGGUUUGUCAGCUUGUUGACGCAGCUAGAGUUGGAGCAAGCAGAGGAAGGCUCAUUUGACAGAUUUCUCGAGCUGCACAUGUUUAUGACAGCAGCCCUUGGCAAAACAGAUAUGAAAGGAAUCGGACUACAGAUGGCGCUAGACUUGUUACACAAAAAGUCGAACCGCGAUUUAAUCACAGGUCUGAAGACGAGGACGCAACCAGGAAGGCCAGAAUGGAAUAAGCUAUUUUCAAAGAUUGCAGAAGAAAGACGUGGAAAAGUCAAGAUAUUUUUUUGUGGUUCACCUGCUUUGGGUAAAACUAUAAAAUCACACUGUGAAAAAUUUAAUUUUAAAUUUUCAAAGGAAAGUUUUUGA